UUCACCCAGAAGAUGAGAAAAAGGCAACAAUUCCAACUUGAAGACAAGACUGAUUCCAUCGAGAUCGUCAUGUGGGGGGAAGCCACCAAGCAAUGCAAAGGGUUAUCAGUUGGAGAUGUCGUUAUGGUUACCAACAUGAAGACCAAUAGGUACUAUGAAAACGUAUCGCUGAACUCAACUGUGUACACCAGAAUUGAAAAGAUGGAUCCGUCAAGAUCCGUCCCUAAAACCAGCCGAAACCUCCUGGAGAGACGUCUCUAUUCUUCUGAAGCAAACUCAAGUCCAAACGAGGCAAUCCCAGCAGAGAAAAAGCUGUUGAAAGUUCGUAAAGAUUUUGUAGAAGGAGUGUCUGAUGCUAAUCUAAACCAGCUUCUGGAUAAACUCCUUCAUGAUGGUGUUAUCAAUGAUGAGGAAAUGCAGUCAGUCAAUACAAAAACCAGAGCAGACAAAGCACGAGACCUGAUCGACACGGUGCGAAGAAAGGGAACUAAAGCCAGCUCACUUCUGAUCAAUACUCUCCGUGAGGUGGAUCCCCUCCUUUCUGAAAAGCUGAAAUUAAUCUGAAGCUAAA